CGCGCCCUGUCUGUGUGGGCUGUCAGAUUAGCUAGAGUUGAAUCCUUUAGGUUAUGGUCAGAACGCUAGUUAUACCUGGAACAGGGCUCGAUAACCACGAGGAAACUCAGGUUUGAAAGCGAUAGAUUUUAUGAAUGAGUAGCUAAUCUAAGUAAUCCAAGCCAUUUGAUGAGAUGUCUGAAUAACGUUAGCAUUCAAAUGGCUUGAUAGCUAGUCAUUUGUCAAUUUGAUAGACAUCUAACGUAAACGUUAGUUAGCCAGCUAACAGUUAGUUAGCUAGUUUGCUCUUAAACUCUUAAAGUGGAAAAUCGUAUUUUCCACAAAAUAUUAAAGACUUUUGAUACGCGGAACAAGCAGUCCCGGUGUUGAUGGUCCACUUCAGUUUGUGAAAUUUUGACACGGACUAGCUAGCUCGUUAGCAAUCGAGCAUAGCUAGCUAACUACUGUAGCUAAUCAAAUCAGUCUUGUCGGAAAUAAAGCCAGUCUCUCUUCAGUCUCAACAUAACGUCAAAACAGUGUAAGCAGCUAGCUAGUGCUAGAAGCUAGCUAGCUUGGUCAUCGAGCUUGGUCCUGAGUUUUGAGGCAAGGCGAAACAAUCAUGUCUGGAAAAGACAAAGACAAGGAGAAAGCCGGAGAAAAACAAUCUACAACUGAGCGGCUCGUAAAAGCUGUGCCAUACCCUCCACAGCAGCGUCUGUCUAUGAAGGAGCUGUUUGAGGAUGGCAAGCCCAACCCAGAGACCCUCCGAACCCACCUGGUGAAGGAGGGCCGGCUGGAGGAGGAAGUGGCCCUCCGGAUCAUCAAUGACGGAGCCAACAUUCUGCGACAGGAAAAAUGCAUGCUGGAGGUAGAGGCACCCAUCACAGUGUGUGGAGAUGUCCACGGACAGUUCUUUGACCUAAUGAAGCUGUUUGAAGUUGGUGGCUUGCCCAGCAACACACGUUAUCUCUUCCUCGGAGACUACGUAGACCGAGGCUACUUCAGUAUCGAAUGUGUGCUGUACCUCUGGUCACUCAAGAUCAAUCACCCGACCACACUCUUCCUCCUGCGAGGGAACCACGAGUGCCGGCACCUCACAGAGUACUUCACCUUCAAACAGGAAUGUAAGAUUAAGUACUCUGAGCGCGUGUAUGAUGCCUGCAUGGAGGCCUUUGACUGCCUGCCCCUAGCUGCUCUUCUCAACCAACAGUUCCUGUGUGUACACGGCGGUCUCUCCCCAGAAAUCAACUGCCUAGACGACAUUAGGAAAUUAGACAGGUUUAAGGAGCCUCCAGCUUUCGGCCCUAUGUGUGACCUGAUCUGGGCUGACCCAGGAGAGGACUACGGCAGUGAAAAGACAGCAGAACACUUCAACCACAACUCAGUGCGAGGCUGCUCCUACUUUUUCAGUUACCCGGCUGUAUGUGACUUUUUGAUAAAUAAUAACUUGUUGUCGGUAAUAAGAGCACACGAAGCACAGGAUGCAGGGUAUCGGAUGUACAGAAAAAGCCAGACUACAGGCUUUCCUUCAUUAAUUACAAUCUUCUCAGCACCAAAUUACCUAGAUGUGUACAACAACAAAGCUGCUGUAUUAAAGUAUGAGAACAAUGUGAUGAACAUUCGGCAGUUCAACUGCUCCCCCCACCCCUACUGGCUGCCCAACUUUAUGGACGUCUUCACGUGGUCUCUGCCCUUUGUUGGAGAGAAAGUGACAGAGAUGCUGGUGAACGUGCUGAACAUCUGCUCUGAUGAUGAACUCAUGUCGGAAGGAGACGACCUGUGUGAAGAAGACGGUGGAAUCCCAGCGGUACGCAAAGAGGUGAUCCGGAAUAAGAUCCGAGCCAUUGGGAAGAUGGCCAGAGUCUUCUCUGUUCUCAGGGAGGAGAGUGAGAGUGUGCUGACACUCAAAGGACUCACCCCGACUGGGUCGCUGCCUCUAGGAGUGUUAUCAGGCGGCAAACAGACCUUGCAGACUGCUGCCGCUGAGGCCGCGGAGGCCAAAGCCAUUCAAGGCUUCUCUCCCACAAGGAAGAUCAAGGACUUUGCAGAGGCACAGAGCCUGGACAAAGUCAACGAGAGAAUGCCCCCACGCAAGGAUGGCCAGCAGCCAGUCAACCCAAAUGCCCCCAAGAAUGGCACAGACUAAACCUGGAGAGAGACCCCCUCUCAUCCCCACCAGCCCCAGGCCAUGGCAAUGUCUCAUACACCCAAACUAUCUUUGUCUCUUUAACUCUGUCUUCUAUCUCGCUCGCUCCCUCCUUCUCACGUUCUCUCAUCUUUCUUUCUCUCUCUGUCUCAUUGAGAAUUUGCCCCCAGCUGGCCUAUAACAGUUGAACAGGCACAGAACGUGGGUAGAGAAGACGGCACAGAACGUGGGUAGAGAAGACGGCACAGAACGUGGGUAGAGAAGACGGCACAGAACGUGGGUAGAGAAGACGUCACAGCACUGGGAGAAUGGUUUCAGCCACCACGCAGUAAAACCAUAUGAAUAAAUCAAACACUUAUUUUAUUUAUUCAAUUAGUUAUAUUAGGUAUAUGUCAUAGCUACAGUUUCAUAAAAUCAUACAUUUCUAAGAUGUUUAAAUGUAUAAGCAUACUGACAUUCUUAUAACAAUGGUAAAUGUCAGAGUGAAAACCAUGAAGACUAUUUUGUAAAUUUGAGUUGAAUGAGGUAGCUAUUGAAGGAGACCUUAUUAUCCGUUCUUAGUCAAUUCAAGUUUUUCUAUUUUAUGUGUUUCACAAGGGAAAAGUUGAGUGUGUCUGCUCUUAUACGUUUAUUUAAAUGAUAUUAUGAUGUGUAUUAACUGGAGAGAAAAUAAUUAUGGGAACUAGAUUUGAGACGCCAUUGCAGAAGAUUAUUUUAUACCUCCAGCAGAAGUUCAGUAAAAACACCAACAGUUUUUUGUCCAAUUUCUUUGAAACCACUGAAUGCUGUUUAAUGUGGGUCAAUGUGUUCCUCCUGUAUUUUAAAGUUAGGGUAAACAGGGUUUAAUCUUACAACCUUUAGUCAACCUUGAGAAACUGCCCUGGGGCAGCAGGUAGCCUAGAGAUUUAAGAUCAUUGGCCCAGUCACUGGAAGGUCGCUGGUUCAAAUCCCCAAGCCGACUAGGUGAAAAAUCUGUCUGUGCCAUUGAGCAAGGCACUUAACCCUAGUUGCUCCUGUAAGUUGCUCAGGAUAAGAGCAUCUGCUAAAUGACAAAUGUGAAUGUACAUUUUCCAAAUGAUAUGGAAAAAAUUGUAUAUGGAAGAAUUGAUUCUAGUUUGCUACGAUUAUUGAUGUGACGUGUCAAUGGAUGGUGGUUAGUUUCUCUGGUUUUAUGUGUUCUGUAUAGUGUUUUGACAGUUGGUGUUGCUUGCAGGCUGUCACCAACCAACAUUUUUACCAGUGUGCUUAACUGUAAGCAGCUUGGGGAUUAUAUAUAUUUAGAUCAUCUUCUGCAAAACCAAAGUCUGAUUGAAAGGGGUUAUAGGCAUACAGUAUGUAUUGGUACAUCUCCAAGUGGACUUGGUGGUGGUGGUCAGCUAUUUGGUUAGCUUUCCUGGGACAUUGAGCUGAGAGUGGCCAACUGUUCUGCAGAGUGAUUUUCUGGAUGGGGAAAGAAGUCUUCAUGGUAACGAAACAUACAUACCAACCUAAUAUCAAGGAAGAACAACCAGUGUCCUCUUCUCAAGAUGGAGGGGUAAUAUUUCCCAUGGAGCAGAUGGUGAAAAACGCUCAUAUAUUGUCCCAAAAUGAACUGAAACUCCAUGUUCAUUUUAUGUUUUAGAUAAGAUUUCUGUGUUAUAAUACUACUAAUAAUAAUGACACUUCGUUUGAUUUCAUAUUGCUCUCUACAAUACAGAAAGGAUGUUUUUGGGGUUUCUUGACUCCAUCUACUGUUGAUUUGAUGCAUAUGUGUUAGAUGAACGGAAGGGAAAGCUUGUCUCCAAUCAAAUGCUUUAGUUGCUAGCAGUUUGAGGAAUGCUGUAGCCCGAAGAGUAGUAGAUUGAGUCAUUCUCAGUGAUGCUGUGAGGAUUGUUUUGGGUAUUUCCUUCUCUUUAUCAGCUCUCUUUAUCAUGUAUCCCACGGACUGACACAAUUCUCAGUAUCGGUGGUAGUGCAAAGUUGGGGACCAACUACAGACUCUACAUUGAUCAUGCAGUAAAAAAGAUAAGUAAUUCCUGAUGUUUCUUCUAUGUUCAUUUGAUUGAGUGUCUUGAGUUAUGGUCUUGACACCUUUUUGUCUUUAUCACCUCCAUGGCAGGAAUGAGGACUGGACACUUUUGUAACACCUGCUCUGAACCCUUUAAUGAUUGACUUCUUUAGGACUUGUGACUCGAUGAACCGGUGCUUAGAGUUUUAGCCCUAGAUUUUUUGGGGGGCUAGAACUGCUUCUCUGACACUCCUCCUGUCACAUGUAGUUAUUCUAUUGUCUUCAAUCAUUCAAGAAAAGCAUUGAGAUUUUGUUAUCCUUAUGUGAAUUUUCCCUUUUAUAAUAUAUUAUACAGCUUUAAACAAGUUGCUUUUAAUGUGCCAUGCCACUUCCUAAACAAACACCAACACCUGUGUGUGACUGGUGGGGGAGAAUGGCCAUCAGAAUGUCCUGUUCUUAUGUUCAGUGGUCAUGGAGAGAUCCUGGAGCCUGUUUCCACUCAACGUGGGUCAGGUUCAUUGAGUUGUCACUGCCUAGAUGCUUAUUUACAGCCCCUUUUUGUUAGUAAAAUAAAAAAUCAUCUCUACUGUAUUGUGGGUUCAGAAAAUGGUCAAAAGAUGCUCUUUAAAAAUGUUUUUUCCCACAUUCAAGACCGCUUAAAAUGUUGGUUUGGUGUGAAGUUAGCUAGGACUUAGAGGCCCCAGAGUAGGCCUGUAUUCCUGACCUCUUGUCAGUUUCUAAAUAUUUCUCAGAAUGUACAGAAAUAUUUGUCAUUCAAAAGUCUUUAGCUGUAAAAAGGAUGAAAAUAAUCCUUUCGUCAAGUACAGUACUUGUCAUGCGAGGCCAUGAAAUCUUAAUCUAUGUAGAUGAAUCGCUUGAAAAAUAAAAUGUAAAUACUAAGCGUU